CAAAUGUCUUAUAGUCCAGUUUUUUGAACCUCCGCAUUUUAACCGUCAGGCGCGACAAAUGAGAGCGGCUCGAAGCGGGGAGCGGAUUAGUUUAAACGUGUUCCAGUGACAAACUAAUUCGUUUUGGGUUUUUUAGGUAAAACAAGAAAAAAUGGAAUUGGAUUCAAUGAAGUAUGCCGAAUUGCGCAGUCUUGCGAAGGAGGUUGGAUUCAAAACCUCAAAACUGAAGGCUGAUAAACUUCUGAAGGCGCUAAAGGAGCACUUCCAGCAGCAGCAACAACAACCACCGCAGGAAGAUGUUGCAGUGGACCAGGGAGAUGAGACUGGCAUUGCUGCACAUGAUGACAUCAACUCAACCCAGGAAGUCAACAAUUCAUCACAGGAUGAUGAUGAUGAGCCUUUCCUAAAACAUCCAGCUCGGGAGUUUGUUACCAAACGUCGCGGUAGAGGGCGACCGAAGAAGAGGAAGGAGCCUGAAGAUGAGGAACAGAUGUUUGAGAAGCUGGUUGAACCCAGAAUCAGCCAAGGGAGUGUUAAGAGAAGGAAAACGUCUGCCGCUAAGGAUUCUGGGGUGGCAGCACCAGUGCAGGAGUCACAGAAAACCAAUGUUCAGACACAGCCUGAACCUGGCCACAAAGAUGCAGCCCCAGCAGUGACGUUUGAGGAAGGAGAGGGACAGGAGGUGGUGAAGCCAGUAGGAAAGAUCCCUCGCCAUGAGGGGCUCCUGAAGAGGACUAAGUCGAUGCUGAAGCCUACGACACCAAACUUCAGAAAGCUCCACGAGGCACAUUUCAAGAGGAUGGAGUCAAUUGAUUCAUAUGUGGAAAGGAAGACCAAGCAAGUUGAUUUGUUCCGAAGUUCAGUGAAGGAACUGAAGGUUCUCUCCGAUAAGACUCUUUCUAAAUCGACUGAAGGAAAACCUCCAGCAAUCUCAACCCCGAGCUGUGCCUCCCUAUUCAGCCCAGCAUCCCAGAGACCUGCCACAGACAAACGCAGACAGACCCGGUUCUCAGCCAUCAAAUGUGCCACUGAUAAAAGUAGAUUCUCGGCCGGUAAGCCAGCUACAGACAAGCACAGACCGACCCGGGUCUCUGGCACCAACCCCUCUCAGGACACCGUUGUUCCAUUCAGACCUACAGUCCUGUCCACUUGCAGGAUCAAUGUUCGGUUCUCUCAGGCUACUCGGGAUAAUGAGCACAAGAGGUCCAUGGUCAAGACACCAGCACGCCCGUCAACCCGUGUGGAACUCGUCACUCCUGGGAAAGAGACUAAAGUUGUCGGGAAACGUGACGUCAACAAGCCUUCUGUUCUCUCUAGCACCAAGACGCCAGGAACAGCGUUUGUGUUUAAUGCAAACACCAGUGUUCUUUCUAACACUCCUGGAACCAACAAGGCUAACUUUGAUCUGAAGGCCAGUCUCUCUAAGCCUCUCACCUACAAGCCUCACAGGGGGAAGCUGAAGCCUUAUGGAGAGACCAAGGAGAACACAGCUGACCAGUCUCAGAUUGUUCCUUCACACCAGAAGAACUACAAACAGCACCCGGUUCAGACAAGGGAGGAAAGGAGGACAAAACAGACUGAAGACAGGAAGCAGAAGAAAGUGAAUAUGCUUGGAGCCAGACGAGGCCUCGUCAUGACCUAAUUAUUCUGUAAUUUUUCACACUCCUGUAAAGUUUAGACCCUGUUUUUACAUCUGUCCUCUGUACUGUUCCAACCUGUUAUGAUUGUUCAAUUUUACUCUGUAGUUCCUCAAACACUUCACUAUUACAAUGUUAUGAACUUUAUUGUUCACAUUAACAUGUUAAAUAUUUUUGGUCAUCUGUAAUUCAUGUUUUACAGUGCGUUUAAAUGUUUGUACUUUUUCCAGAAUUGUAAAUACAUGUAGUAAAUUUGGCAUUUCCUGAA